ACGGUUAUGAUAACUUAUGGGCUUGAGUAUACCCAAGCCCAUAAGUGGACUAAAGCCCAAACAAAAGUUCGAAAACCAAGACAAUAGGCUAAAACAGGCAAUACACCCUUCGUCUAUUCCCAGCACGCAGCAGAAAAGGCAGACACCUUGAAACACCAACAAUGGCUGAUGGGGAGGACAAUGACGAGUUCUACCUGCGUUACUACGUAGGGCACAAGGGGAAAUUCGGGCACGAGUUCUUGGAAUUCGAAUUUCGACCCGACGGCAAGCUCCGAUAUGCCAACAACUCCAACUACAAGAACGACACCAUGAUUCGCAAAGAGGUGUUUCUCACGCCCGCCGUCCUCAAGGAGUGCCGCCGCAUCGUGGCCGACUCUGAGAUAAUGAAAGAAGAUGAUAACAAUUGGCCGGAGCCGGACCGCGUGGGGAGGCAGGAGCUGGAAAUCGUGAUGGGUAAUGAACACAUUUCUUUCACGACUUCGAAGAUUGGGUCUCUCAUGGACGUUCAGUCUAGUAAAGACCCUGAGGGAUCUGAAAUGUUUUGUUUUCUCACUCAUCUCAUUGCACUUCAAGAUCAAACCCAUAUGAAGAGUACGACUAGUAAUCCCUGCAGCUCGUCUUUUGUCAUCCAGAUUAAGGUGGAUAGUGUAAUGGUGGGGAUUACAGUGCCAAACUAUGUUAAUAGAGUUAUGCUUCAACGGGAAAAGAAAAUGUCCUCGUUCUCAGUGGUCGUCCUCUACUUUAAAUGA